AUGAAGUCUGGUCUGAGGAUAGCUCUACUUUUCUUUCUGGUGUCUGGGACUUUAACUGAAGACGGUAAGAUUUCUUAGUAUUAAACAUUAGUACAUUGUGUUAUGACGGUAUUUGGGUGACUAUUGAGCUGUGUAAGGACGUGGUCUAGCCUUUUAAGGUGGCGCAGGGUGUUUUGGGGGCUCUGCUAUCUAACCAAGGACAGUUCAGGUCAGGUCGACACAAAGUUAAGCUUCCAGAUAUGUCUUAUUAUCCAUUUAUCUUUGCGAAUCAUUCAAUACAGACAGUUUAAGCUGUUUCUUAACUUUCUGUGCACUUUAAUGGGAGGAAUCAGCAGCUUAAAAAAAUGAUUUGUUGGUUUGAUCAGAGAGGAUCAUGAUGUUCAGGAGCUGCAAGUACGGAGGAACUCAAGUGCCAAAAAGAGGAUACAAAAAAACUGAAGGAGGGAGAUAUUCUUUAUGUAAUUUAGUUACAUAAUUUAAUAGAUAUAGCAGUUUUAAUUCAAGACAAAAGAAAAAUAACUUCAGACCUUUCUUUUCCUGAAAAGACAGAACAAAUAGGUACAAUUUUUUUGGUGUGUUUAGGGACUUUUUAAUCCUUCCUGGAUAAGUCCAAUGAUCUCUGACUCACUUUCUCCAUCUGACACUUAUUUGAAACAGAUGAAUCAGUAAAAGUUUUUAGUAUUUUGGACACAAAGGCAGCAGACGUUAUUGAAGAUUGUUAUAACCUAAACCUUGUGUAAUUAUCUUGAUAGCUAUUCUUAAAUUUCUUAAUUUCAGAAUUUACUUGAUUUCUUCAUAAUCCAUGCUUAGAGUUUUCAACAAUGACAAAACCACAAAAGAAUCAAUAGGAGUCAAUUCAAAUUCAGGACUAUACUCGCAUGUUGCUCGACAUAUUAAUUUGUUUACUAAAACCGUAACUUUAAGUUACAUGUUUGUUACCACUCAAUGAAAUUUCUCAUAUUUGGACAUUAAUACCUGAAUAAUUCAGCCGAGGAAACAUUUUUUCUUCCAUGUAUUUACCUCAAUCUGACUCAGUCUGGCCCAAAUGCUCUGAGCAUGCUCUGUAGGUCACAAACAGGGGAUUGAUCAAGGAGUUACCAACGUAAAUGCGCCAUAGGAAGCCAGGUACCUCAGGAGGAGAAGAAGGGAUGUAAAGAAAGAUGAAGAUGUAGUGGAGUAGUAUAGAUAGAGAGCUGUAAAGUUAUCAGUGUUUCCAUUAGGGCCCGACCGAUAUGGAUUUUUCGGGGCUGGUGCCGAUACCGAUUAUUAGAGGAGAAAAAAUUCAGAUUACCGAUUAAUCAGCCGAUUUUUAAUUCUUUUUUAUAAAGUUAUAGAAAAUACAUAUAAACUGUAGAUAUCUACAGUAUACUAUAUACUGUAGAUUUACUGUAGGCUACUGCUCUUCACGGGGACAGGAAGACGAUUGAUCAAACUCAGACCAGAAAAACAUUUUCAACUACCCUCUUCGCCGAUCGGUGCCUCCGCGUCUUAACUCACGUUACACAUUUCCGGUCCGUUCUCAUCUGGAGACAUGCAGCUGCCUCAGUAAGAGAAGUAGCUCGAUUACUAAUAUGUAUUGUUGUAUAUUCUACCAUUACUGGCACAGCUAACAGUGUAGCAAGGCUAACAGCAGACGGCUAACUCUAACUUCAUGCAUAUUACAUGGUGCUUCACCGUUAACUCGGCGUGACCGAGACCAGCACAGCGGGGAACAUGGUGAAGUGGGUUGAACUGAAACUUGUUGACUUAUUGUGUAUUUCACAAACUGGUUUAUUUACCGUUGAGGCGGACCACUCUCCUCCGUGCGUCCCUGAGCUGCCUGCUUCAGAUCCAUCACUCUGCUGUGCUGUGAGGUAGUUAGUGGAUGAAGACUGUCAUGAGGUCGCUGCGCCAUCUACAGGAUAAGUCGGGGAACUUAUCAAACGGCAGAACAUUUUCGAAGUGAAACAGAAUCUUAUUCUCCGCAUUUUAUUUCUGAAAAUAUCAGCGAAAAUCUGCGAGUUUUGGCCGAUUAUAGAUAAAUCUCAAACGGGCUAAAAUUGGCCGAUUUAAUCAGCUCGCCGAUAAAUCGGUCGGGCCCUAGUUUCCAUCAUUCCACUUCAAAUGCAUUAGUGUCCAACAGGUUUGUUGAUUGUUUUGGUACAUGACAAAAUAUGUCAAUCAGGCGAGGGCCUGACAGAGACCGGAUCAAUGCUGAAAGACCACUAAUUUCAUUUUUAGAGAAUCGCAAUUAGUUUUGAUUAUUUCACACCAGAAAGAAUUCAAAUAGGAGCAGCAAACAGAGCUUCAUCUCGCUCGUUAAAAACACACACACCCGUCAUUUCUUUUACACGAGUUUUAUUUGAGUGUUGUUUGGACAGCGGAACCAGGAAACACUCUACACGUGUGUUUUUGGCGUGGUCCCCACGUGACUCCAGGAAUCUGUUCGGAUAUGCAGAUGUUUUAUUCCAUUUGAAUCCACAAUGAAGGACGUAAAUACUCGUCUGCCCAGAUUAAGAAUCCGACAAACCUGUUUGUCCUCCCUCUUUGAAGUUUGACAGAUAUUAUGACAUGAUAAGUUGAGAAGAACUUUAUUUAUCCACAAGGGGAAAUUCGAAGAUAGCUUCAUGAUGAGUGUGGAUGAUAAAAUUUUACAUCUUACUUUUCCUUUAACUAAAUAACAUGAAGGAAGGAAAAUUAUGAUGCUGUGAUGACAAAUGGGAUCUAUACAAAUAAAGUUCACCUUUAUGAAAUGAUUUUAACUUCAGUGAUUUAUAUAUUGCACUUUUGGGAUAAAUUCUGCAGCAGUAUGCCAAAAGACUCAGCUAAAAAUAGCAGAAAAUAUUGAAACCAUAUGAUGUGUUUGCUCACUCACAGCUACUUCUGAAAGGUUGCUGUGAGCUCUGCUAUCACAAAUAGAACAACAACUGAAGCGAACAGACAAAGUGACGGUUUAAAUGAGACACUGUUAGUAUUAUUCGGUUAAAAAAGUGAGAAGACAUCAUUAAUAGCUGAAAAAACAACAAAGAAAAAGCUUCCCUAACUUUCAAGAAACAGAGAAAUUCAGAAAGGUCUUGUGGUUUACAAGAACAGCUCGCCCACAUCUCUGCUGCCCCUCUCUCUCACGUUCUUUCUGUCUGUCUGUUUCCGCCUCCUGUAAGACGAGGGUGAGGGUAGAGCAAACCACAGGCAUGUAAAUGAGAAGAAGAUGGCACGCAGUCGUAAAUGAUGAUGUUAUUAUGCAGAUAUUUGGACACCUUGAAAUCGCUACGUAUGCAUUUAUAGUUUAAAUUUGAGGAACACUUCUACAUUUAUUUUCCGUGAUGCAUUUACUCAAACACACUGAAACCAAAGAAAGAAAGUAGCUAAAAGCGGGUGAAGAAAAAAAAGGAAGUUUGAUUCGUGUAAAUCACGCUGGAGGAAAAUUCAGAUUCACACCUUACCUUCAGCUGUAGUUCCUUGUUCCUUUACCUCAGAGAACCUCUGAGCUUCAAAAAAAAAAAAAAGAGAGAAAAAACCUUUACAACGUCAGAGGAAUGUGCUUUAACAUCAGUAACUACCAGCUGCUCUCAGCGACAGCUUUAAAAUUAUUACACCUGCAAACAGAGACAAGGUGAAGGAGCAUUUAAGGACUGGAGAUGGUGGAGACAGAAAAAAAAAAUAGAUAUUACGCACCAAAAUGAAAUUCAAGGCCAAAAAACCAAAACUCCUAAAGAAAUUAUUAUACCAAUUACUAGUACCAUUGCAUUUGUGGCUAUCGGUGCAAAAGUUUACAAGCUUUUGUUGUUUCUUAAAAUCUGAAUUGAAUUAGUUUCUAAAAUUUUGCAUCUUGUGGCUGCUUCUUCGUAAAAACACAUAAAAAAAAAAAAAAAACGCAACAGAUUUUGAUGACUUUUGUCUGUGAAAUUUGAAGUUAGCACCUUCCAUGUUCACUUAAAAGUAAGUCAGCUAGAUUUUUUUUAAGGAUUUUUUGCCAAGUAGGUUCAUAGAAACAGGAAUUUAUCCCGUUGUUUUGGUUCAGAGACGAAACUUAAAAUAGGAACUGUAAAGUACAAAACAGUUGUGCGUGAAAAUGUACAAUUCUGCAAAAACCUUGAAGUUUGUUGUUAAGAUACAGUGUAAAAUACAACUCUUGUAUCUGGUUGUAAAUUGUUGCAGUCAGUAAGACCUGAGGCAACCAUAAAAUCAUGCCCUUUUGUUCGUUCGUUACACAUCUUUUAAACUAAUCUCUAGAUAAAAAAAAAAGCUAACAAUAGGUUGUAAAACAACUUCAAGAUGAUCACAUGACUUUAGAGCCAGUUUUUAUUGGCUGUAAGUUAGUGCCUGUCUCUUUUAAAAGACGUAUCAAAGCUUUAAAACUCUUUCAGUGGGAUAUUAAAGGUGUUUUUCAAAAUAAAAUUAAUCUCCUCCAGAUUAAGAGAUCACUGACUUUAUGAACAGAGGACUGUUUCUCUCUUUGGCAUUUUAUCUACAAACUGCCACAAACAGUGAUUAUGAUUUGAUUGGGAUAAAUAAACCUGCUGUAAAAGUUUGAAAGCAUGUGAUCACAUAUCUGCAGACAGAGAUCAAGUAAAAGGAAAGUUUGUCCGAAACGAGGAUCUUUAAUCCUGGAGUAUUUCUCUAUGUCGUCCUGAAGCUCUGCUGUGUUUUUAACAGCCUCUGAGGUUGAGCGUGUGAGCAUGUGCUCCUCAGUAGACUACAAAGUGAGUCAUGGUUUAGUUUCCCUGCUCAGGGUUUCAGUCGCUGCUGCUGCCCUGGCAACCAGAGAAAACACAGAGUGACUCCCCGCAAACACAAACACAUGUACUUCUACAGACACUAUCUGUCUGUAGAGGCAGCAAAAGUACAGGAAUUUCUCUCAAAUACAAACACAUGCAGCAACCAGAGACAGUUUACCGUCAGCUUUUUGUCCAGGCUUACUCUCAUAGUUGUAAAGCGGACAUUUCUAUCAGUAGUUAUCCUCUAAUGCAGUGGUUCUCAAGUCCAGUCCCUUCUCCAGCACACCUGAUUCAAAUGAUCAGCUCGUUAUUAAGCCAUUACAGAGCUUGAUAACGAGCUGAUCAUUUGAAUCAGGUGUGUUGUGCAGUCCUGUGCUCUGUACCCCCUUUCUAGUCCUUUACUUCUUAUUGUACAUGAUGUUUUUAACUAAUGCUGGAUUCAAGUUAUACUGUGAAACAAAUGUCAGGGUUCCUACACAGUUUGAAUUUCCAUAUUUUUCCAUACCCUACUUUUUUGAGAACUGUAGUAAUAUAGUCUGUGAACAUAAAUAUUUUUCCAUACUUUAUUUUUCAUGUUCCAUACUUUUUAAGACCUGGAAAUUGAUCAAAUUACUUCCAUACUUUUCCAUACUUUUCCAUACUUUUCCAUACUUUCCAUACUUGCCUAAGGACCCUGAAAUGUGUCAUGCUGGUUGUUUUUACCGUGCAACAUGUGCUGAUAGACUAAGUUUGCUCUGUUUCUGUCAGCCUAUAUUUGAUUAAAAACAGCACAAAGACAACAAAUCAAGUGUUACCAAAAAUGUGAAUUUAUUUUUUAUAGUAGUUGUUAGAGGAACAGCAAAACACACCCCUGUUAUAGUUCUGUUUUUGACCUCCAGUCUUCAUCACUGAUCUUUUCACCUGUCUUCUUCUCUCAGGGUUUGACCUGUUUGAUGCACUCGACGAUACAGGUGAGUAUUUUUUUUUUGUUUUUGGUGUUUCAUGAAAAAAAUAUUGUCUUCAAUCUUUUUCUUCAAUCAUGAAAAGUUUGCACCCUUGACCUUUAGGGCCACCAUACCAUGACCUUCUAGAUUUCAACCCUUAAGUAUAUAUGAAUGAGUGUCAUCAGCAUAGUUCUUAAAAGAUGAGUUAUCAUUAAAAUGUUUUUGUUUUUUUUUGUAGACCCAACACCUGCAAAACCCAAAGAGCCGCCAAAGCCGCCAAGCAAACCAGGAGAUGAUGGUCUGUACCCAACAUGUCGCAUUUCCUAUAGGUUAUAUCGCUGAGAUCAGUAUUUUUUAACAUAAAUUGGUGAUGGGAGAGGUUGCACCAGAGCAUGUAAAUAUUAGUAAGACUCGUCAAAACAAGUUGCUCAUUCUGCUGCUUUGAGGUGAGGAUGUGGUGAGCUCUGAAAUGAGUGUGCUGAGACAAACCAUGAUGCAAUGGUGUGAUGCUGUAGGUGCUAGUCUUAUCUAAAGUGGUUUGGUGUCUGCACACUCAGACCAUGACAUUUGCUCAAUGAUGAGUCCAACCCAGCAUUAAACAUUGAGGUUGAAUUCUGCAGGUAAAGUCACCUCUUUCACCAGAUUUAAGGUCCUUUCACACCGCGACCGUUUUUGUCGUGUGAUUAUUUUGGACGUCAAUAUUUUUCUUUGGACCCAUAUCCUGUCGAUACAAGCGUUCACAUCAGCGACGUCUUCAUGUCCUGCGAUAUUGUGGCAUUCGCACAAUGUGUUUCCACUUCUGACCAAUCACAUAUCGUGUUGUUGCGACGUCUGAUUCACCGGUAUAUCCAACAUGCCCGACCGACUGAUUGUUUAUGAUCGUUGACAGAAACAUUACAAAGAUAACAGCCUGGAGGACGACUUGUGGAGAGUCAUAGCGUCAAAUUUCUGAUAUGACGAUGUUUUGUGUGCUUUAACAGUUUGCUAAACGUCUUUGUUCGAACUGUCAUCUGUGCUAAUGUAAGCUAACGGUUGUUACCAUAGUUUCAUGUGCUUAUCUGGUACUGGCCCCGACUCAGUACAUGCUAUCAUGACAGAAAGCCAUCUCAACACUAGUGUCUAGUCCUCUGCCUCUUCAAACUUGAAGCUAAUUGUUUCAGCAGAACUUCAAACUGUCCAAUGGACAUCCCAAAAUAAGUUCUGAAGCGACCGUGGUACAGUUUCAGCUCCUGAACCAAGCAGUGAAACUCACCAAGUUCUCUUCUUUUUUGUAAUAUUGGAUGCACCCAUGUGCUACGUUUCUUUUUCUUUUCAGAAACCAAAAGAAGUACCAAUUCGACAUCACUUGAAGUUGAAGUAGACUCCAUUUUUAUCUUCUCGCUUCCACUCGGGACGCUGUAGGUUGUUAAGGGAAGGUCUUCGCCUCUGAUUGGCUAUAAGUGUUGACCAUUUGGCUUGAGUGUGUGAAGAACGUUUCCAGCUUUUCUAGCCAAUCAGAGACGAAGGCGGGACUUUCCCCAGGAAAAGUCUUCCCUGGGAUACGUCUUUUUCCCCCCCGAAAGUCGCAAAUUCGCAUCGGGCUUGAUGUGUAUAGUCAGGCCCGUCAAAAUUCACCUCCGAAUAUUUCAUAAUUUCGUGUUCUAUAUCUGCGUCGGCCCCGGUGUGUAAGGACCUUAAAAGCCAAUUGGCAGGUAGAAAAAGGUUUAACUAAGAAAAGUUAAGCAAAGGUUUAACUGAUCAACUGUACAUAAAAUCUCACCAAGUCUGUCAAGGUAGAAUUUAUCAAAUUAUACAUCAGAAAUACUCUGGAGACGUCUGAGCGGUUUGAUGACUGAGAUGUUUGAACUCACAUCUUUGAAAAGACGCCACAGAAAAGAUAAAAGUGAUCUGAAAUGAAAAAAAAAACGGACUUUCAACUCAGUUAUCUUUCUUUUAAGUGGCUUUAAAGUCAGAUCUAUGGCUGUAGUUUUUGUUGCGUGUCUCUAAGAUAAACUGUGGAUUUGUGUUAAAUAACUUGUCUUUGUCUUCCAGGGUUGGAUCUGUUAGAUGCUUUUGACUUUGGUAAGUGACUCACUGUAAGAUUUUUCUACAUGUUUUUGUUCAUGUCUUUUUAUCUGUCACGAUAACAAAUUUUGCUGGACGAUAAUUGUGCUACAAAUUAUCGCCGAUAAACGAUAUUAUUGACACCAUUUUUUAAAUUAUAGAUAAUGAUAUUAUAUGGCAUAAUAAUACGAGUACACCAUGUCAAAAGUGAUAAACUUUAAUUUCCACACGAGAACAACACUGGUUGUUUUCGUUGACUAAAAUAUUUCCCUUUUCUCCCAUGACGAAGACGUAACGUUGACGAGCUAAACAUAAGUCGGAGAUGACUAAAAUGUGACGAGACGAAAGUGCGUUUACGUUGAUGGGACGAGACGAAAAUGACGAACAGAGUUGCAAAACUCAGUCAGUUAAACGCUAAACAUAUAGGAGCAGCUUCAGUCCGCUCUGACAGCUCUCAUCAGCCUGCUGUGCUCCUCCAACACACAGACACACACGCACGCGCGCGCGCACAAACACACGUGGAGUUUUGUGUUUGACGAAAACAAAACUGGUUUAAAGCCGAAAUAUUCCCACACUUGGGCUGUUGCGUUCGGUUUAGACACCAAAGCUGUCGUGUUCAUUCUGUUUGCUUGCUUUUCACUCACGACGCUCAUUUGCAGCACUGUAUCCAAAAGUCUGUGUCUGUGUGCCUGUGUGCGCCUACGUGUACCUGCGCGCGCGCCCCCCCGUGACAAAGAUACUGAAUGACUGACAGGAGGGUUCACUAACUCCGUUCAUUCCGCUAUAGAGCCAACGCCCCCAGGUGCCGAGAAAAAUGCGCAGAGUGAGACCUCUUCUCUCAUCCAGCGUGUUUGGUAGCGAGAGAGGAGGAAAACAAACGCACGUCAAUUAUCGCGGCUGGCAAAGUUAUCGACCUCGUUUUUAUUUAUCGAGUGAUAAGGCGAUUUAUUGAUUAUCGCGACAGGCCUAGUUCAUGUCUUUUUAUCUGACUGAAAUUAUCCCGACAUAUUACAUUCUGUCAUAGAUGUCUCACAUGGUGAAGCCAGAUCUGAUCAGUUUAUUGAAUCUAUUCGGUCUUAAAAUACUUGGGCAAUGAAACUUGUUUUAAAGAAUAGAUCUGACAACAUUCGAAGGUGGUUUGAAAUCAGAUUUCUUCAUGUGACACUCUGGAUACUGAAGAUAUUGGUCCACUUGGACAUGAAGUGCCAGUUCUUUGGAUCUGUAUUUUGCCUCAGAGAUAGAGAGUUGCAUCAUCAGCGUAUGAAGAUACUGAAGGCCUAAUUCUAGAUAGAUUGGUAUCAUAAAUCUGUUUUGUUUACUUGUAAAUAACUUUGUUGAGUCUCUGUCUUAAAGGUAUUAAAAUGGACAGGAACUAGACUCACUUUAAGUCUAAACAAAGCCCCCCAUAAGAUGACUUAACCCAGUCCAAAAACUACAGCCAGACCAGUCGAGGGCAAUCUAGUGCAGUCAGGGAAGGUCCCACUAUGUGUUUUGAAUAUUUUGUACUCUUCAGGUCCAGGUUCAAGGUUGAAGUAAACUUUAAACUGAGUGAUCCUAGUUUUUUAAACCCUGAAAUAUUUGUUUGUUGGAAGUAGAUUGCUAAAAGUUUGUGAGCUGUUCAAUGUUUUAGUGAGAUUUUUGACUGAAAUACUGACCUGCUGUUAGAUACUAAUUCUGUUUACUCUCUUUGGUCUGCAGGGCCAACACCAGCAAAACCCAAAGAAAAACCGAAGCCCCCAUCAAAGCCUAAAGAUGAUGGUUUGUAUCCACUGUAACCAUUCACAGAAUUAUUUAUCUGGUUUUAAUUUUUAAUUCUCUACGUCUUGUCCUAGAAGUAUCUCAGAAACAAAUGAAGUGAUUUGAAAAAUGGCACAAAUGUCCAAUGAAUCCACCUUUACUCAUCACACCUUCAUUCUGUCAUUAGCUAUUGUUUCACUGUCAUUAUUUCGUUGCGCUGAGCUUCAUUAAGAUCUUUCUAGAUGAUCAGCAUCAGGUUUCAGUAAUCGCUGAGUCUCUAAUCCAGUUGAAGGAGUCAUCAGUGAAAUGGCGUUUACAAACAACUGCGAUGAAAACAUUCAGACUUCCCUCUGUUUUCUGGAAGAUGAGUGUGGACAUGGUCUUUCCAGAUGCAGGGUGGGGAUGUCACACCCUGAACCUGGAAAUCUGUGUAUCUUUGCUGCAGUUUAGUUUGGACAUAUGCAUGUGUUUAAGUACAGAUUGGCAUAAUAGGUGCUUUUUAACGGUUAACUUUGAGGUACAAACUUGAGGCGGUUAUUCGAGUUCUUCUGCUCAGCUAAUCCUACAUGCAGACUUAAACUCACACUAUGUCUUUGUUUUUUUUGGCUUGCAGAUGGACUUGACUUGUUUGACGCUCUUGGCCCAGGUGAGGCUGUCUAGAGUGUUUGAUUUGAAAUGAUGAAUGACAUUUUACAGCUCUUGGGGGAUUUCAGUGUUUUAAGUUUUAUUUUAAACUACUUAACCAUUGAAUUUUUAAAUUGGCUUCGGUACGGGUUCAAUAACAGCUCAUAACUAACACCUUUUAUGGGGCAACUCCAUCUUUAUUCUUAUUUUCUACUGUGAGCCACGACACCAUUAGCUAAACCAGUGGUUUUUGUGUUGUUGUUUUUUUUGCUGUUUGCUUAACGAAUAUACCUUUUGACUGAUUCUGUGUUUUUAUUGCAAAGAAAAAUUGCACUUAUUUAGUGCCCAACAUCAAAAUGCAUCUACUAAUUCAGAUUUGUCUUCCCACCUACAGACCUCGACCCCAAACCCGACAAACCUCCUGUGAACCCACCACCCAGUGGAGGAGGAGGUCGGUCUGCAAAUACAUACGCUUGUUUAUGAAAUUAUUAGUGUCUUAACCUACACCGGAGUAGCAUUAAGCAUAUUCUCAUAUUUUUUUAACUGACUUCAUGUGCUGACCUGAAUGAAGUUGUGUUAACGCGGUAUUUUGAAUUCAUGUGGACAUGUAGAUUCAUCAGCUGCUGAAAAUAACUCCCAGAUUAAUUGAACCUGUUUGCUAAUGUUUGUUAAUUCUGCUCUGAGUCCUUCUUUUAGGAAGAACUAGACUUUUUUUAAAACCAGAAUCUGUGAAGUGUAUAUGAGGGCCUGACUGAUGUGGAUUUUUUUGGGGCCAAUGCCGAUACCGAUUGUUAAGGGGGGAAAAAAUCUGAUUACUGAUUAAUCGGCUGAUUUUUUACAUUCUUUAUGAAGUCAUAAGAAAUCAAUAUAUACUAUAAAUUUGCUGUAGGCUACUGCUCUUCACGCUGACAGGAAGACCGACUGAUCAAACUCGGACCAGAAAAGUGUUUUCAAGUUUCAGGCGGACUAAAAUUGGCCGAUUUAAUCGGCUUGCCAAUAAAUCAGUCGGGCCCUAGUGUAUAUAGAUCUUUAGUGGGGACCAAUCAGCUUGAAGCACAGAAGGACAGGCAGGAUGUCAAACUGUAAUAAAACAAGAGCUAAAACAUUGUCAGUAUUUACCUUUCAUGUGAUUCAACAACAUUAAAUGACAAAAUAAUGUCAAGCUAAUACAUAGGAGCGAAUAGCCGCUUUGUGAAGGUUUCUUCAGCAAUACUGGUUUAAAAAAUGACAUGCUAAAGAUGCUUCGUGUCAGUAUUACUUCUUUGGGUCAAAGUCACGAAGCUUUUAAAGGUUGUGAUUUUUCCUUGCAGGUGGAGGAUCGUUUGAUGACUCCGAUCUGUUAGAUGUUGGAGGAGGAGAAUACAAACCUGAUGGAGGUCGGUCAGGAGGGGGUGGUAAGACUUCUCGCCAGUUGGUCUUCUUUGUGCUUUUGACACUAAAAAUCAUAUAAUAAAAUUUUAGACAGAAAUUUUCUGAUAAAAUACAAUCCUAUACAACUCAGUAUGACAUAAAACAAGGUGGAACUGUUCAACACAACACCGGACUUGGGAAGAAUUCAUGCGGGAGGAUAUGCUACAGUUUGAGAUGAUUUAGUUCUGUAUCUUCAUAUCUGAUAAGAUAUCACAAGAUUUCAUACUAUUCAAUCAGAUAUGAUAGGAUACAGAGAGAAUUCAUACAGUUGGAUAUGAUAUGAUAUGCUUGGAUCUGAGACAUGCUGUUAUAUUAAAGUACAACAUGGUGUGAUUCGAUCUGAUUUGAUCUGCCACUGUUUGAAAGAAAGUACACUAAGAUAAGAUCUGACACAACACAGUAUAAAAUACCUCUCUCUCCUCAUGUUUUAAACUGUCUGAUGCUGUUAUGCUCAUUGUACCAGCUGAUAAGUGAAAUGUCACCUUACAGGGAUAUUCUGGCGUAAAUUUAAGUUAUAGUCAAACACACUGUAACACUGAGUUAGACACCCCUCUAAAGAUGAAUGUUGCCGACAGCUUGCUUUUCUAGUUAUACCAACUUUAGCAACGACUGCAUGAUAGCAAUACACAGCAGUCUACAUCUCCAAACGCAAACCUCAACCAAAAAGCCACUCUAUAGCCACAAAUAAUGCUCAGAACAGCACCUAACUUCAUCAACAGUACAUAAAGGGUCCCAGCCGUAGUACUAGCCACCAAACAUCUUAAAGCUUUGCCUAAUUUCUUUAGCAAAGAGACUAAACACAACUCACCCACUCUCCUCCAUCAGCCGCUUGUUUGUGGGGGAGCCCUGAUGAGUCGAUCACCACGUGCAGCAGAGUUUCGCAGCUCAAGGAAGAACAUUUAUGAUUAUUACUUCAUGGAAAUGCAGUCAGAGUUCUUGUGUAUCUUGUAUGUGGACUGCAGACGCGGUUGUUCCUCUGCCUUAGCAUCUCGAUCUGAUUGCAUUUCUAUGAAGUAAUAAUCAUAAAUUGUCCGUUGCACUCGGUGAUUAACUCAUCAGGGCUCGAUGGCAAGUACUAUGUCUGGGACCCUGCAUGUACUGUUGAUGAAGUUAGGUGCUGUUCUCAGCAUUAUUUGUGGCUAUAGAGUGGCUUUUUGGUUGAAGUUUGCGCGUGGAGACGUAGACCGCUGUGUGUUGCUUUCCUGAAGUUGGUAUAACUAGAGAAGCAAGCCGUCGGCAACAUUCAUCUCUUGAGGGGGUGUCUAACUCUGUGUUAUGAUGUGUUUGACCACAACUUUAAUUUACGCCGGAAUAUCCCUUUUACCUAAGUCUGUUUCAGGGGUUAAUCGCAGUACUGUCACCACAAACGUUACAGUACAUCCUGCUGUACUCUGGAUGUUAAGCAGUAUCACUUUAGUGUGAAACUCUUGCCGAAUUCAAACAUUUGUUAAGAGGUUUUUAAAAACUCAGGAUAUGAGUUGGAGUUGACCCAAAGCAGAAGUUUUUCUGGUGGUUUUGGUUGUGCCCAGACUUCUUUACUUCCCCCCUACAGUUACUCUUUGUUUGUUUGGUCUUGUUGUCCUUCACUACUGAUGACUCAGUCAGUGUGAGCAAUGCUGACAAAUCCUUAUCUGACUCCUCAUGUGGGCGCCUUGUUGCUAUGAUUGCAAUUUUUUUUUAUUUUGUUUUUUUCAUAGUGUCAGAGAAGGGGAUUCCUGUAUUAAGAAACCUGAGAGUUAUUUUUACAUAUAUUGGCUUUAGAUGUCCGUACAAUGCAAAAAGACAAGAACUGAAUCUAGUGGAAAUUUUCUAUCUAUAGCAGUGAAACAGGCUGAAACUUCGCCACCAGACAUAAACAGAGUUUUACAGCAGAGGUGUUUUUUCUUCUCCUGAGCUGCAGGUGUAGUUAUUGUUAGUUUUUCCAUUUUCUCAGUGUAGAGAAUGAUGUACCAGCUCUUUACGUCCAGAUCAGUCUCUUUUGGUCUGUCUCUUACUGUAAUGUUGUCAGAUUCUUAGUUUGUAGUUUGGAGACUCGGCUCUUUUCAAACAGGAUGAAGAUGUGGUUUCCCUCUUUGUGCCUUUGCUCUGUAAACCACAUAACUGCCCCCGUGCACUGUCAGAUUUUGUCAGAGUGCAUAACUUGAGUUUUGCUUGAGGUUAGUAACAGUUUUUCACAACAGCGCUGACUAAGUGUAGAAGAAUUCGGCUUUCUAAAACUUCAGGGAGGAGUUUGUUUUGGUGUUUUUGCUCCUUCACGGUUCAGAGCGAGGAAAUGUGAAAUGGACAAAUAGAGAGAUUCUGCCCUGGCAGGUCAGAUGCCAUGACUGAGAGAUAAUUUUUGUAUGGACCAACAUUUUGAAGGGAAAUUCUCCUCUUUUUGUCUUAAGAUAAACACACCUUUUCCUGUUGUUUUUCUCCAUUGAGGAUUAAAAGGUCUUGUCUUUGCAAACACAGAGAACCUUGAGUUUAAGACUGUCUUUGUGUCCGUAGCUCUUUUCUUUGUUUCUCUGUUUUUGACUCAGAGUAUGGAAGUAAUUAUUGGUUCUUCCACCAGAGAAAGAAAAUGGAUAAAAACCCGCAGACUUUCCGUCAUAAUUAAAGCCACAUGUUUGGUUUUUAUAUCUGCAUCAUCUGGAACUGGACUCAUGUUGAAUAAAAAUUCUACUUGAGUAUGAAAAAGCACAAAGAAAAGACCUUUAUACAGAGUUUAUACUUCUGCUCUUUCAUGAUUAAAACCAUGAACAAAAAAGUUUCUAACUCUUUUUUUUUCUCUUUUGGAUCAAGGCGGUGCAUCUGAUCCUGGACACGACCCUGGAUACGAUCCUAAUGGUAUGUUUUAUUCUUAUACCACUUUAGUUUAGGUGCUGCAGGAUCUGAUUAGGCCCCAGCCUGAACUCAGCGCUCUGUGAAAUCUGCACAAAGGUCACGGUCAAAUCAUAGCUUUACCAAGUUCUGCUUUUUGGAGUAAUUUUUUUCUUCUUUGCUGUUUUUCGGACAUUUUUUUUCUUCUGUUUUUUUACAAAUAUUUUCCCCCCUUUUUCUUUGUUUUUCAGACAAAUUUUUAUUCUGAUUUUGUACUACUUUUUUUUUAGUCUUUCUGUUUUUCUAUUAUUUUUCCUGACUAAACUAGAUACUGCAAGAAUCUCAUACAAUCAGAUAAAGUUAACCAUCAUGGCUGCUCCAAAUCAGCAGAUUCUCCAGCUCCUAGACAUCUUCAACUACGAGAACGAUAAGAAUUAAGCGUGUUUAUAGUUAAACAUAGAGUAUACAAAUCCUGAGGUGCCUGCGCAAAGUAGACAAACUUACGACGAUUCCAUCUAUCUGACUCAAAGGAGUAUCUUUCUCAGUGUCUCAAACCCAAAAGAAAGUUAAACUUGAUUAAACUGAACAAGUGGGCCAUGUUUGCUUCCAAUAAAUCAGUGGUUCUCAAUGUUUCCCUGCUCCAACACACCUGAUUCAAAUGAUCAGCUCGUUAUCAAGCUCUGUAAUGGCUUAUUAACGAGCUGAUCAUUUGAAUCAGGUGUGUUGGAGCAGGGAAACAUCCAAAACAUGCAGGACAGUGGGCCUCAAGGACUGGACUUGAGAACCACUGCAAUAAAUCAAGCAGAGGAGGAUGAAAGCAUCAAUUUUAAAAUGAUCACAAUCCCAGAAAAUAGGAAAAAUAAUUAGUCAGAUAAACAAAACAAACAAAAAAAAAGUCAGAAAAACAGAAAAGAAAAAAAAAAUACCAUAAAAAACAGAACACACAAUAAAUACUCUAAAAAUAGAGCUUUUUUUUUGGUGAAUGCAAUAUGCUUCCGUAAAGGAACCCAGUGGAGUAAGAUCUUUGGUAUUUGGUUGGUUGGUGGGUGUGGCUAAAUAGCUCAGUUGUAGCCCCCACAAAAUUCUGAAAAAAAUCAAGAAUUAGAGCAUGUUUAACCUUAAAAAAUAUGUGUCAGUGGACUUUUUUACGCCCAGACAUGCUAUAAAAAGUUUUUUGGACUUUUGAAGACACCCAAACAAUUAUGAUGUUUCCGUUUUGGGAUAGUAGUCAAAGGGUGUGUACUUCUGGGCGGGUCAAAGUCAAUUAUCUGCCAUUUUCUUGGGUUCAUUUCUUCAGCAGUGUAAAUCUAAUCCACUUCAAAAAUCUUAAACAGCCAGGAGGCACUUAAAUAGAGAGGCUUGUGUAAAAAAAAAAAAAAUCUUGAUGGAUUUGGGUGUGGCUAUGGCAGCUUGUUCAAGUUUGAUGUCUCACCACAAAAGAAGUAACUCAAAUAUUAGGAGUCCAGACUUCCUCAAACUUAAAAUGUAGGAUCACAGUCACUUCCUGUCAACAUCCCCAUGUUAAUGCUGCAUUAUAUCCAACGAACAACAGCCUACGCGAGCCCUGCUUGACAUGGUUCAGGAGGAUGAUUAAGGAUUGACACGGUGUGUUUCAAACACAAAACUCUAAUUCAGUAGUUCACACACAGUAGUUCUCAAGUUCAGUCUUCGAGGCCCCCUGUCCUGCAUGUUUUGGAUGUUUCCCUGCUCCAACACACCUGAUUCAAAUCAGCUCGUUAUUAAGCCAAUACAGAGCUUGAUAACGAGCUGAUCAUAUGAAUCAGGUGUGUUGGAGCAGGGAAACAUCCAAAAAAACAGUGGGUCUCGAGGACUGGAUUUGAGAACCGCUGAUUUAACAGAUAGAAGUAAAGCUAGAAUCCUCAGAAAAUAGGAAGCAGGACCUAUUUUUGUAGAAAGAACCAAAGCUGGCUCAGGAACACCUGGUUUAUACCAAAACAGGAAGACCUUUUUUCUCUAUGGAGAAAGUCUGCCGAUUACAAACACCUGUAGUUCAACAGGGAGGCUUUAACAUCGAGAUUCUUUUGUUUGCAUGAUGGGAAAUGUAGGAUCUUUGAAAGCUUGAUCCACACAGAGCUCUUAAUUUAGUGUAUCUUUUAGUCUCAGAUGAGAUUGAAUUUUAAUGUAAUCCUGCCAUUUCAAUUUGGAAACUCUUUGUACCUGUUUUCUUCUUUGACUGAUGGGACUCUCUGUUUUUCUUCCAGGUGGAGCUGAUCAGCCUCAAGGUAAAUCCUUCGGUCAUUUUAAACUUCCUGUCUUUGUGUCUGUCUCUUCCGCUCUCCGUGUCUCUCUGGACGUUGUUUCACUGUCCUCAUGCUGUUGUCGGGAGUUUCCUGCUUCCUGUUUGAGAGGAAGUCGUGUUCAUUACUUCUCUUGGUUGUUGAUCCAACAGUUGUGUUGGUGUUUGAUUUACUCCCUGUGUGUGCAUCAUUAACCUGUGGGAGGUUAUCUAGAUUGAGUCUAAAUCUUGGCUCUGGUUUUAUUCUGGUCUUUUCUUCAUGUUGUGGCCCCUGGUCUGGUUUCUCUGUUAAACCCCCUGCUUCGAUUGUGUGUCGUUGCAGAUCCAGACCUUCUGUGGGGCCAAGUCCUGAAGAUGCUAAAUGCUAACAUGCCAGAAGAUGUCUAUAUGUGGAUUUCAAACUUAAAGCAAACGCUAACUCCUCUGUUAGAGAGGGCCAUGGAAUUGCUGCGGGCUUUACCCUGAAACCUCCGGGGCUCUGAUUGGUUUAUAACAUUUGGUUAAACGUCUGUUUGGAAAGAAAAAGUAGAUCACGUUUAAGAAAUGUCGGAAAACAGAAGAUGAAGACUGAUCAUUGGGACUCUGUUACUUUUGCUGUAGUUUUAUAGGUUGUUGGUCUGGUUUUGUUGUUGUAGCUCGUUUGAGACUCUGUUUACUCUGGUAUGCUGUCCUGGAUGACCUUUGCAGGUCUGUGCUUGAGCAGGAAUCUGAGGUCAGCGACGCUUAUUGGUCCUUUCCUGUCCAGGUAUCAGUACCUGCUCUUUGUGCUCGCAGAUCUUCACUCUUUGCCACUCUUCUCACCAAACCCACGAUCAAGUGAAACUCUCGCUACAACCCAAAACAAAGAAUUAUAUGAAUCCUCUUGACAUAAAGAGGAAAAAAAUUGCAGGUUCCCAAUCUGUAAAGUACUCUUUUUAAUCAUCGAACCCAGCCUGCAUUAAAUCACUGCAUGGCGUACUUGUCUGAUAUCUUACCUGGCUCUGUGCAUACUGGUGCAGCAGCAGAUGAUGAAGAAAAGGAGUCUGAUGGUGCAUGACUGUGAGAUCUCUUUCUGAAACAGGAGGGAGGUGGAACCAAUCAGAUUUGAUUCUGCAGCAACAAUUUAGGUCAAAAAAAGGCAGUAAAAGAAAUGAAGGAAAGCUCAAACGAACACAACAUUUUCAGAACAAAAAACAUAAAAGUACUAGAAAGCUUUAAAUUGACAAAUUGAUUUUUACAAAGCCCAAUCUUGAUUCUGAUUGGCUGAUGAUUGACAAUUAACACUGAGAAGUAUGGUGGUGGUUCCAAAGUUGAUUAUGAUUGAAAGUAUGGCUGGGCAAUAAAACAAUAACUGUAUAUAUCAAAAAUUAAUUUCCCUCAAUAUCAAUAUAAAACAUGGUCAAUAUGUUUUCCAUAGUCGGCAUUCGGCCAUGUUUUGGUAGACUAUACAAAUAGCCAAUGAAAAGGGGAGUUGCUCCAGGCAGUGUUGCUUUCGUUGACGAUGACGUUGACAAAAUAAACAACACUGCAAAAUAUAUUUUUAGCGUUUGACCGACGAAAUGUUCAUGAAUUUUGCAACUCUGUUCGUCGUCUACCACUAACAUUUCGUCUAGUCUCGUCUUGUCAACAUAAACGCACAUUUGUCUCGUCACACUUUAGUCAUCUAAGACUUAUGUUUAGCUCAUCAACGUCACGUCUUCGUCAUGGAAAAAAAGGGGCGUUGACGAAAUAUCAUUAGUGACAGGGAAAUAAUUAGUGCUGCAUUGAUAAUAAUUCUAUUAAUGCUACUCGCUAUGUAGACCGUGUCUAAGCUUAAACCUUACCUUUCACAUAAGUGGAAGAGGGUGCGACAGGAUUUGAUGCGAUUGUUGAUGACUCAAAACAAGUCGGAAAUAACGUUGUGUGUUGUUGUGCUCACACAGUGCGAGUAGAAUCAUUAGUGGCGCAUUAAUAAUAAUGAUCAUGUGAAAUUUCAGUAGCGGUGCACGUAAUUUAGCAGUGGCGCUGCUGAAUGAAUGUAGGGGAAACACUGCUGAUACAUAUGAGUCCAGUGCCACACAGCAGAGCACGUGCAAUGCAAAAGGUUACAAACCCCGAGCGGCGCAAGGAGCCCAAGGCGCCUUUGACAGCCGAACAGCCGACGAUUCAGUCCGCUUUCUCUAGCGCAACGCCUUACAACAAAACGUAGAAUAGACAAAAAGACCUCACAGAUGCAGUAGCUUAUUGUAUUGCAAAAGACAUGCUACCAAUAAACACUGUUCAAUUUUAUUUUUUAUAUCGUCUAUAUAUCGAUAUCAACUGAUAUGAAAAAAGAAAUAUUGUGAUAAAUUUUUUCCCAUAUCGCCCAGCCCUAAUUGAAAGCAGACUAAAAUUAGUGUUAUUACUCAGAAAACCGCAUCUAUCUCUUAAUCCUUUAGCUCAAUUUAGCUGAAAUAAGAUGUAUAUCUGAACUCAACGGGUUAACACCUCUAAUAUCAGAUACUCUGACGGUAAAUUCGACUGAUACUGUUGCUAAGAUUCAAGUUUUUGCAGAAUAAGUGGGAAAAGAACUGUUUGAAGUAAAAAUAGAGAUCAGAACUUGUGGUUUUUGGUUGUUGAAGCCAAAAGUCUAAGAAAUCUAAGAGCAUCUCUGUUAAAGGUGGUUAAUGACAAAGACUGAAUCAUAUCUGUACACAGUUAUAAGAGAUUUACUCAGCAGAUUACCUCGAACAUCAGACACAGAGGAAUAUGUUUCGGGUAGCAGAUGUGAAAAAAUUCAGUUGGAGCAGCCCUGAGCGACACGAUUAGAGUUAUUCCUCUGAUCCUCUCACACUGACAGAGCAUGUGAGGAAGAAUUGGAAUAAUUAUAUAUGGUUAAUCUCUCCCUGUGAUUCCAGUCUGACCAGACACCCCGAGCUGGGUGUGAUCAUACAUUCCUCUCCCUCUCUCUUUCUCUCUUUCACCCUCCACCCUGCUCUCACUCAUGACUCAUGCAUAUGCUGCUGGCUUUAUGUUGCAGUUUAGUUUGAACUCAUGUAACCCCUCUCUGGUGUUUGGUUCAUGUUUCUAUUUUUUAAUUCAACUUUUAAGGACGCUCACAUGACAGGAAAAGAGACGUCUGAUGUUACUUUAUUUGCAGAAAACAUCAUUAAGUUUGGUUCAAAGAAGGCUCUUUGUUUAGGAGUGUUUUUGUGUAUUCAUCACUUCAUGUGUGGACACGCCCGAUUCAGAGCCGACUCCUCUGAUCCUCCUCAGUCUGAUUCAGUCUGUAUCAGUCUGUAUUAGCCGGCUUUAGUCUGCACACAUUCUUCACAUGUUCUUCUGUGCAGCACUAAGUUGACACAUCCUGCACUGAGGUGUUGAGGAUUUUCUGCUCCUCUUCUUUGAAUCACAUGAUGUCGUCUCCUUUUUUGCCCUUUCAGCACAUAAGAUUCUGUUUUAACUCUUCGGUGCUUGUUUCAUAUUUAUUUUUGGUGCUUUUGUCUUAUUUAAUGCCUCUACUUAUGUCCGCUUUGAGAUUUUUUUUAAGGAUUUUUAUCUUUGCUGUAGUGUUGCUGACAUGAGGGAAAAUGCUUGAGGAAUAAAACGAAACUGUGGAGUGAUUCUUCGUGUGUUUGAUUUAUCCAACCUCCAGCUCAGCUUUGCAGCUCCUCAGCUUUAUCAGCCUGCAGGAAUAAAUAGAAACAGAGCGUGCAGAGAGUCCAGCUAUGAUCUGCAUCCAGUUAUGACACAGAGUAAUAAUAGAGUGAGGGGUUCAUGUGCAGCAUGAGUCAAAUUUAGAGGGUUAAAUGUCGCUAAAGUUAUUAUAGAGAAGGAUAAUAUCAGUUUACACUGGCUGAACUCAAUCCGUGUGAUAAAAAAUAAAUAUCUAUACUUUUAUCUAUACUCUUUAAACAGCAGACUCUGCAUAUUGGUAAAAAAAUUUGUUUCUGUACUGAAUGCUGUCUACAAACAUGGCAUCAGCAGACUGUAAAGAUGUUGACACUGAUGUUGACCGCUCUUUCCCAAAAAGAGAUAGUAUCUCACUUAACUUUCUUUUUUUUGUUCAUGUAAAAUCAAUCUAUUAAGAAACUAGAAGAUGAACUCCCUCACUCUAUCCCUGGCUUGCACGUGAUAUGUAACCUCUCCACACCUGCUCUGCAGAAAAGCGAAAUAGAAAAGAAUGCAGUAGACACUGUAACCACAUAAAGAGGCCAGUGUUUUUACAGACACUAUAGACAGCUGCCCAGAUGUUGCAUGCCGCAGACACUAUAUAGGGCUGUGCAGACACUCAAGAAAGCUGUGCAGAUAGAAAGGAAAGCUGUGCAGACAGAAAGGAAAGCUGUGCAGACACUAUAGAGUGAUGUGCACACACCAUAGACUGAUGUGCAGACACUAAAGAUUGAUGUGCAGACACCAUUGAGUGAUGUGCAGACACUAUAGAGAGCUGAACAGACAAUAUUGUAAGCUGUGCAGAAACUCUAGAGCAGUGGUUCUCAAGUCCAGUCCUUGAGGCCCACUGUCCUGCAUGUUUUGGAUGUUUCCCUGCUCCAACACACCUGAUUCAAAUGAUCAGCCUGUAAAUAAGCCAUUACAAAGCUUGAUAACGGGCCCCAAGGACUGGACUUCAGAACCACUCCUCCAGAGCGAGGUGCAGACACCAUAGAGAGCUGUGCAGACACUAUCGUAAGCUGUGCAGACACUUUAGAGAGCUGUGCAGACACUAUAGAGUGAUGUGCAGACACUAUGGAGAGCUGUGCAGACACUAUAGAGUGAUGUGCAGACACUAUAGAGAGCUGUGCAGACACUAUAGAGUGAUGUGCAGACACUAUAGAGAGCUGUGCAGACACUAUAGAGUGAUGUGCAGACACCAUAAAGAGCUGUGCAGACACUAUAGAGAGCUGUGCAGACACUACAGAGUGAUGUGCAGACACUAUAGAGAGCUGUGCAGACACCAUAGAGAGCUGUGCAGACACUAUAGAGAGCUGUGCAGACACUGUAGAGUGAUGUGCAGACACCAUAGAGGGCUAUGCAGACAUUAAAGAGCGCUGUGCAGCAGUAAAGAGAGCUGCAUAGAAAAGUUAUUUGCAGUUAUUGUCCUUGAGAACCAAACCAUGGUUAUUUUCAAACAAGUUAACACCCUUUUUUUAACCUUCAAAAAUGUCUCCAGCUAACACAGAAAUUCCCCUGAUACAUCAAUGAUUUAUGUCUGUCAAACCCCCUCCUUAAAUACAAGUUCAGCCUCUGUGAAUUUGAAUUAAGAGGAAAAAAAGAGGAGAAAAAGCAGGAGUAAACAGAUGAUUACAAACAAACAGGCUGAUGUCUGGAUUAUGACACAGAGGCCAGCACUUUAGGUGUGCUACACGUGUGUGGGAAAAAAAAACAACGCUCCAAGCAUGCUGAACAUUUCCCAGCUCUCAGUCAUCGAGUGGUCGGCCAUCUUGUUUUAUUGUUUUAAGCUGUGCAGACACUAUAGAUUCAUGUGCACACACCAUAGACUGAUGUGCAGACACUAAAGAUUGAUGUGCAGACACCAUUGAGUGAUGUGCAGACACUGUAGAGAGCUGAACAGACAAUAUUGUAAGCUGUGCAGAAACUCUAGAGCAGUGGUUCUCAAGUCCAGUCCUUGAGGCCCACUGUCCUGCAUGUUUUGGAUGUUUCCCUGCUCCAACACACCUGAUUCAAAUGAUCAGCCUGUAAAUAAGCCAUUACAAAGCUUGAUAACGGGCCCCAAGGACUGGACUUCAGAACCACUCCUCCAGAGCGAGGUGCAGACACCAUAGAGAGCUGUGCAGACACUAUCGUAAUCUGUGCAGACACUUUAGAGAGCUGUGCAGACACUAUAGAGUGAUGUGCAGACACUAUAGAGUGAUGUGCAGACACUAUGGAGAGCUGUGCAGACACUAUAGAGUGAUGUGCAGACACUAUAGAGAGCUGUGCAGACACUACAGAGUGAUGUGCAGACACUAUCGUAAGCUGUGCAGACACUUUAGAGAGCUGAGCAGACACUAUAGAGUGAUGUGCAGACACUAUAGAGUGAUGUGCAGACACUAUGGAGAGCUGUGCAGACACUAUAGAGUGAUGUGCAGACACUAUAGAGAGCUGUGCAGACACUAUAGAGUGAUGUGCAGACACCAUAGAGAGCUGUGCAGACACUAUAGAGGGAUGUGCAGACACCAUAGAGAGCUGUGCAGACACUAUAGAGAGCUGUGCAGACACUACAGAGUGAUGUGCAGACACUAUAGAGAGCUGUGCAGACACUAUAGAGAGCUGUGCAGACACUAAAGAGUGAUGUGCAGACACCAUAGAGGGCUAUGCAGACAUUAAAGAGAGCUGUGCAGCAGUAAAGAGAGCUGCAUAGAAAAGUUAUUUGCAGUUAUUGUUCUUGAGAACCAAACCAUGGUUAUUUUCAAACAAGUUAACACCCUUUUUUUAACCUUCAAAAAUGUCUCCAGCUAACACAGAAAUUCCCCUGAUACAUCAAUGAUUUAUGUCUGUCAAACCCCCUCCUUAAAUACAAGUUCAGCCUCUGUGAAUUUGAAUUAAGAGGAAAAAAAGAGGAGAAAAAGCAGGAGUAAACAGAUGAUUACAAACAAAUGAUGUCUGGAUUAUGACACAGAGGCCAGCACUUUAGGUGUGCUACACGUGUGUGGGAAAAAAAAACAACGCUCCAAGCAUGCUGAACAUUUCCCAGCUCUCAGUCAUCGAGUGGUCGGCCAUCUUGUUUUAUUGUUUUAAUAUGGAGGCAACGCCCAGUUUGAGUUGUCCUCUUCAUCACGGGACACACCCCUGAUCGUGACUCACCCUGUGAAGCACAGCCAGGAGUAUUCAUGUGUUCAUGUGAGUUUGUGUGGUUCACAUUAUGUGUGUGUGUGUGUGUGUGUGUGUGUGUGUGCUGCCUCUGAGCCCCUCCCUGCCUGCCUGUUAGUUUGGGUCUUUAUGUUUUUAAUCCAGUCUCCAUCUGUUUUAUUCUCCAGUUUGUUCAUUUGGUGUUUCAAACACAGACUUUCACACCUUAAAUCUUUCUUUUUCGAUCACACCGGGUUUUUGAAUCCAUUACUUCUUCUAUAACUUCAGUUAUAUCCUUUUUUUGUUUGUUUGUUUGUUUGUUUUUCUGUAAACUUUCUGCCAGUUCAUUUUAAUGGCUGUCUUUUAUUGUUAAUGUCAUAGCUCCCCCUGGUGGCAGAAUGAGAUUGUGACAGGUACAUCUCCAGGGCUCUCAUUCAUUCCUGAUUUCUGUUUUUUUCUUUUCUGUCUUUUUCUUACCUUUACCUGUUUCUUAGACAUUCUUUUCUGACUUUUCUGUAUUUUUCAUUUGGUAAUUUUGGCAAAUUUUGUUCAGUUGCCAAUGUUUUUUCUGAAAAUGAAUCAGUUUAUGCUGUUUCACUUCAAAGUAGGGUGCAGAAUGUUUUCAUGUUCUUAUUAUAGAAUUCAUGAUUAAAAAUAAAUGUACCAUUUAAUCUUACAUGAAACAUUUAAAAAAGAUUCAGUGCAUUUUUUAAGGCUUUGAGCUAAUUUCAUUACAUGAAUAAUGGUCAAUGGUACGGUGGCCUUGAGGGUCAGUGUUUUCAUGUCAAAUAAAUUAUUCCCAUUUUUAAAUUAUUCUUUUACAUUUUCUAAAAUAUUUGUUUUGUUCAAUAUUUUUUAUUUUUAACAUUUUUUCAUAUGCUUAUCUUUUAUGAAAUAUUUUUUAGGAUUUGCAAAAUUUGGAGGUUAGGUGAAAUAUUUUGUUUUGAAAGGUCUUUGCAUUUCCUGAUUUUUAAAAUUCUUUUCUGACUAAAUCAGUGGUUCUCAAGUCCAGUCCUGGAGGCCCACUGUCCUGCAUGUUUUGAACACACCAACACACCUGAUUCAAAUGAUCAGCUCAUUAGUAAUCUAUUACAGAGCUUGAUAACGAGCUGAUAAUUUGAAUCAGGUGUGUUGGAGCAGGGAAACAUCCAAAACAUGCAGGACAGUGGGCCUCGAGGACUGGACUUGAGAACCACUGGACUAAAUACUUUGGUACUCUUCAAAGUUUUUUGUAUGUGGUGAUACAUUUUUCAUGUUGGCAAAAAAAAAAAGAAAAAAAUCUCUGUGCUUUUGACCUUGGUGGAAACUAAAAUUUCAUUUUAUAAACAAUAGUACCUUGAUUUUUGGAUGGAUGUUAUGUUUCUAAUAUUAAUAUUUCCAUGGAUCUAAAGGUUCAAACAGUACGACCAGGAUUAAGUGAUACAAUUCAACUUCAAAUACCAGAAAGCCAAGAUCAUGUGGAUUCCUUACAGGUCAUUGAAAGCCUUAGUGUUAGAAAAAAUUGAAGUUUUUGGGUCUUAAAAGGUCUUAAAAAGUUUAAAAUAGUAUUUAUGAAUACACCUGUGAAGAAUCAGUGAGGAAUAAGUGGAUAAACAGAACGCUCACACAGUAUAUGUGCUGAUAUCUUGUUGCUGAUAUUCUCUCUGUGUUCUUGUUGAAUGAAACCUUUAGUAUCUCAUUCAUUGAUUCCUUCUUGUGUAUUUUUAACACACAGAGGCAGGAGGUGGACAGAUCGCCGGGAUCGUCAGCGCCGUGGGCGUGGCUAUAUUAGGAGCAGCAUCCAGUUACAUCGCCUACCAGAAGAAGAAGCUCUGCUUUAAACUGCAGGGAGGUCAGGAACACUGAUUUUAUUCUUAUAUUCUUAUAUUUGAUAACAAAGAGGAGGUAUCAUGCCAUUUUAUCUCAUACAUUACGCUAUUUUUUUACUUUUUAGUGAAGCUUAUUUUUAUGUUUUUUUUUGUAGGUCAAGACCCAGAGAGCGGGAAAGGACCGCGUGGUGGUCAGAACGAUAAUCAACGUGAGUUUAUGUUCUCGAGUUCAUUUUAAGUUUUUAUUCUCUGGUAACUUUGUUAAUUUUUCUGUUUUUGUGUUUGUUCCAGUUUUCAGUAACCUCCUCAGGACAUCUUAG